AUGCCUGCAUUUCAGGAUCUCCAUUGUCUCAGACUUAAAUUUUGCGGAAUCUCGCUGGACUCCCGAGAAGUCCGCAAAACCGCCGGCCGCUCCCAAGUUAACGGUGAAUCUAGCUCUAUCAGGUAUAGCCAACUCCCCUAUAUGGAUUGGACAAUUGCCAGGCAAAUUCAAGUACUUACCGUUGUGGUCAUCAUAAUCUUUCAACGGCUUCUUGGACUUGCUGCCAUCUCUAUUGACCUGGCUCAGGCCACCAACCUCACGGGAUAUGAGUAUGUCGUCGUCGGCUCCGGAGCUGAUGGUAAUCCCCUGGCUACUCGUCUCGCACUGGGAAGCCACAAGACUCUUCUGAUCGAGGCUGGUGAUGAUCAGAGAUUGACCUAUAACUAUUCCAUCCCCGUGUACUUGGCCAGAUCAUCUGAAGAUGAGGCAUUGGCCUGGAACUUUGCUCGUCACUACGUCGGCUAUGAGCGCCAGGCACGGGAUUCCAAGACCACCUACCAAACGCCAGAUGGAGAAGAGUACACCGAUCUCAGCCCGCCAGGGAACUUUCUCAGCCCCGAAACCGCACCGCUCAGUCUCGUGUUGAAGGAUUCCCAACUGUUGAGCAUGCUCACCAGUGGUGCCUUUGCUCUGGGCAAUCUUACGGACAGCAUCAUGAAUUACGGCACUUUGCUCCUUGGUGAUGCCAAUGCAGACACCAGGUCUCGCGACACCGAGCCCGGAUACUACCAAAUCCCGGUUUCGACUGAUGACGCCCACCGGAACGUCGCUCGCGAGUUUAUUGUUGCUGUUCGGGACGCUGAGAACGAAGUUGGUAGCCAGAAAUAUCCCCUCGAUGUCCGUAUGAACUGCCAUGUCACUAAGGUUACUUUUGAUGAGUCCAAGAGCCCUCCCCGUGCCACUGGUAUUGAGUUCCUGGACGGUCAGUAUCUUUACAAGGCCAGCCCAAGAUCCAAGACCGCUUCGUCCGGCACCCCCGGAUCUGCCAAAGCAUCGCGUGAAGUCAUCGUCGCUGGAGGUGCUUACAACUCCCCUCAGUUUCUCAAGCUGAAUGGUGUUGGUCCUGCCAAGGAAUUAAACAAAUUCGACAUUCCCGUCAUCUCUGACCUGCCUGGUACCCACUCGCCCAAUAACUUCACCUGUCUCGAUGGCUGCACAUUCAACAUCUACGACUGUGAUGACCCGUGCAUCAACCGCUGGGAAUCCCCCGUCCUCGGUGACCGCGGCAUCUACUCUUCUCCCGGUCUCGCGGCUACCAUGUUCUACAAGAGCACCGUUUCCGCCGAUGAUAGCUUCGAUAUCUUUGCCUUCGGUGGACCUGUCAACUUCCGUGAUUAUUUCCCUUACUACAGUAUCAAUGCAACUCAUGGGCACGGCUGGUUUACCUGGGCCAUCCUCAAGGCUCACCCGCGUAGCCACACCGGCACUGUCACCCCCCGCUCCUCGGCCCCUCUCGAUGCCCCAGACAUCACCUUCAACUACUUUAACAUGGGCGUUGGCGACCACGAAGCUAAUCUGCAGCCUUUUUACGAGGCCGUCGAAUUGGCCCGUGAUGCUUUUGACCGCCAGACAGUCGAGGUAACUGAGGUCCUCCCCGGCAAGGACAUCACCUCCAAGGAAGAUAUCCAGGACUACGUCAAGGAUAGUGCCUGGGAAUACCACGCCUCGUGUACCUGCCCUAUUGGCGCUGAUGACGAUCCGAUGGUUGUCCUGAACUCCAAAUUCCAGGUUCGUGGUGUUUCUGGCCUGCGUGUUGUUGAUGCCUCCGUCUACCCUCAAAUUCCUGGUACCUUUACCGCUGUGUCGACGUAUAUGGUUGCGGAGAAGGCCGCUGAUAUUAUCUUGGGUAAGCUCUGA